AUGUCGCCCGACACAACGCAUCCCGUCGUCGUCCUCUUAAGCACUAAGCGUCAACGUUUGUCGAACCUCGAAGCCCGCAUCAAUGUACUGCGUAAGCACAUUCGCGACCUGAAUACUGAUUCAUACGGCGACGCGGGUGCCACCCUCAUGGGCAGACGCGAUCUUGCUGGCGGCAAUUACAAGAACGACAAGGGACUACAAGCUCAACAGAAGGUCGUCUACUGGAAGAUCGACCGCACAUUCGAGCACAUGUGCAAGCAGCUUGACGACAGGCUCGGUGAGCUGUAUCUCGAACUCGACAAUGUUUGUUCCGAACAAAAACGCAACGCGACUCGAGUCCAAGAACUCGAGACCGAGAUCGAUCGUGAUGGCAUCCAAGUUGUUCCUACCCUGGCAUACUCAACCGCCCUCCAUACCGACAACUCGAUACCUGCCAAACCGACUGGAUUUCUCGAUCUUCCCGCAGAGCUGAGAAACGAGAUCUACAAGCUUAGCGGCUGUUUGGAGCUCGCUGGCUACGGCAGACAGUGCUGGUGCUUCCAGCCUGCACGUUGCGAAUGCUACGCCGUAUUCGGGCAUUACAGUAGAAUGACGAUUGACCUGAGACACACUGGAGCAGACUUCCGAUGGGACAUUGAUGCAGCAUCAACGAACGGAAACGUGCAUGGCGGAGUCAACCACCAACCGUCAUUGACCAGAGUCAACAGACAAGUACGUACGGAGACUCUGGCAAUGUACUAUGGCAACUUGCGUGUCUUGCUCGAGUGGCAAUCUAUCUGCUACCAGGCUGCACACCCGGUUUACGAGUGGCUUCGUCGAAUUGGCAAGCAGACCGCAGCCCUCAUCAAGAACUUCGAGGUGAGGAUCGAGUUGUGGUGGAGCCUGGAUAAGCAGGCUGAGUCGGAGUACUUCGACGGAGAGAAGGCGGCCUGCAUGAAGGUGCUGGGAGAGCUUGGAAUUGUGAUGGAGCAGUGCGAAUAUGUUUUGAUCACACACUAG